UUGUACAAGCUACAGGCAUUUCGGGUUUAUUUACGUAUGUCAUUUGACAAGAAUUUAAAACUUUAGUUGUUUAUAAACGAAUGAAUAAAAAUUCCAAAAUCCAAGAUGCAUCGACGCGGAGGGAAGCGAAUAUGUAUGGAGGAACCUCCUAUUGAAUAUGAUAACAGUGAUGACAACUACAACGCUGGAUAUGGAAAUACUUAUAUUUCAACCAAUGAAAUGUAUGGGGAAACCGGCAAUGAAAAUGCAUCUGAUAACACUACAGAUAAUUUGAUGUCUUACGAACCUCCCCCAACUCCUGGUGGUCAUGUACCAAGAAUUACCCGUGCUAGGCUACGAGGUGUUCAACAAUCUCAAGCAAGAGAUAGAGCCCCAUUAAGUGAACGGCGUAUUGUGGAACAACCUCCCGCAACACCUGCUCCUGCUGAAACACGUCGCAAAAAAACCGGUCGUAAACCAAAUCCUGAUAUAAAUGCAGAAGAUGAAAAUAGUUUGUAUUUCAUUAUACGAAAUUGUAAAGGUUCAAUCCCAAACAUUUGUGAUGACUGGAUCGAAGGUUACAAAACAAAUCGUGAAACAGCACUAAUCCAAUUGAUGCAAUUCUUCAUAAAUGCGUCAGGGUGUAAAGGACGUAUUACACCACAAAUGCAAGCCACAAUGGAACAUGUAUCAAUUAUCCGUAAAAUGACUGAAGAAUUUGAUGAAGAAAGUGGAGAAUAUCCAUUAAUAAUGACUGGACAACAAUGGAAAAAAUUUCGUCAAAAUUUUUGUGAUUUCGUGCAAACAUUAGUGAAACAAUGUCAGUAUUCGAUUAUUUACGAUCAAUUUUUGAUGGAUAAUAUUAUAUCACUUUUAACUGGUUUAUCUGAUUCACAAGUACGAGCAUUUCGUCAUACAGCUACUUUAGCCGCAAUGAAAUUGAUGACAGCUUUAGUUGAUGUUGCAUUAACUGUGAGUGUAAAUCAAGAUAAUACUUUGCGUCAAUACGAAGCUGAACGACAAAAAGCACGUGAUAAACGUGGUGCUAGUGAUCGUUUAGAGGCUUUAAUGACUAAACGUCAAGAAUUAGAAGAGAAUAUUGAUGAAAUUAAAAAUAUGUUAACGUAUAUGUUUAAAUCAGUGUUUGUUCAUCGUUACAGAGAUACAUUGCCAGAAAUUCGAGCAAUAUCCAUGACAGAAAUUGGUAUUUGGAUGCAAAAAUUCCACACCAACUUUCUAGAUGAUUCAUAUUUGAAAUACAUUGGGUGGACUUUACACGAUAAGGUGGGAGAUGUUCGUUUGCGUUGUCUAUUGGCGUUACAACCUCUUUAUGCUUCAGAAGAACUUAAAGGAAAAUUGGAACUUUUUACCAAUAAAUUUAAAGACCGUAUUGUUGCUAUGACUCUGGAUAAAGAAUAUGAUGUUGCUGUACAAGCCGUUCGCUUAGUAAUUAGCAUCCAUAAGCAUCAUAAUGACAUUUUAUCAGAUAAAGAUUGUGAACAUGUUUACGAAUUAGUAUACUCAUCACAUCGUCAAGUAGCGCAAGCAGCUGGUGAAUUUUUAAAUGAACGGUUGUUUCAACCAACUGGUGUUGAUCCGGGUAAAAGUGGGCGAGGUAAACGUCGUUUACCCAAUACACCAUUUAUUAUUGAUUUGGUACAAUUUUUCAUUGAAUCGGAGUUACACGAGCAUGGUGCUUAUUUAGUUGAUUCAUUAAUUGAGUCAAAUCCUAUGAUGAAAGAUUGGGAAUGUAUGACUGAUUUAUUAUUAGAAGAGCCAGGACCACAUGAAGAAAGUUUGGAUAAUCGUCAAGAAACAAGUUUAAUUGAUAUUAUGGUUUGUUGUGUACGACAAGCGGCAACUGGUGAAGCACCUGUUGGUAGAGGGCCUAACCGAAAGGUUACAUCGAUGAAAGAACAAAAACAAACCAAUGACGAUAAACAUCGUUUAACUGAACAUUUCAUACAAACGUUACCACAAUUAUUAAACAAAUAUAAGGCUGAUCAUGAAAAAUUAACAAAUUUGUUAACAAUUCCACAAUAUUUUGAUCUUGAAAUAUAUACAAAGAAUCGUCAAGAAAAUAGUCUUCAACAGUUGCUUGAAACAUUAAAGGAAAUUGUAAAAAUUCAUCAAGAAACUGAAGUAUUGGAAACAUGUGCUAAAUCACUUGAAUAUUUAUGUACUGAGGGUCAGGCAAUCUUUCGUCCUUGCGAUAUCGCUCGUUCCACAAUUAUUGAUAUGAUUGUAAAUCGUUGCAAGGAAACUUUGGAUGAUUAUAAAAAUCUUUUGGCUGCGAAUGAUAAUCCAACAGAAGAUGAAAUAUUUGAUAUUGUUGCCGCAUUAAAAAAAGUUUCCGUAUUUUAUUCAUCACACAAUUUAAAUAAAUGGAAUUUGUGGCCUGAUCUAUUUGCAGAAUUAACUAAUUUAUCAGAAAUUGGAUUACCUGUAGAGGCAAUUAAAUAUUGUAUUUCAAGUUGUUUCUAUGCAAUAAUGUGGGGUUUAACACAAGUAGAAAGUGUAUUAGAAACUGGUGGGUCUGCCAAUGAAGAAAUUGAUGAACUAAAGGAACGAUUGCAUAAUUUCAUGAAUACAUCAUUGAUUAUCAUGCAUCAGUCGACAGAACAAAUAUUAAAAGAGGAAGCAUACAUUUCCAUAUGUGAUUUAUUAGUGGUAUUCAGUGAUCAAUUAGUCAGUGCACGACAUAGUCAGAUGAGUGUCUUAGUAUACGAACCACAAUUACACAUGCAAAGUAUUUUAAAUGAAUUUGUACAAAUAUAUGUGUUCAUACAAGAGGCGGAUGAUGAACAUGAUGAGCGUCGUAUUGAAGAAUUACAUAAACGUCGUAAUUUUUUGGCUGCAUACUGUAAAUUAAUUGUUUAUAAUAUAAUGCCAACAAAAGCUGCUGCUGAUAUUUUUAAACAUUAUGUUAAGUAUUAUAAUGAUUAUGGUGAUAUCAUAAAAACAACAUUAGGUAAAGCCCGUGAAAUAAACAAAACAAAUUGUGCAUUAACAAUGUGCUUAAGUCUUACAACAAUGUUUACUGCAUUACAACAGCAAAAUCCAAAAGUAAACACUCAUGAAGAUUUUACUGCACUUAAGGAAUUAGCAAAACGAUUUGCAUUAUCAUUCGGUUUGGAUGCUGUUAAAAAUCGUGAAGCAAUUGCAUCCUUGCAUCGGGCUGGUAUUUUGUUUGCAGUCAAAAAUACUGAACGUCUUGAUGAUCCAACAAGUCCUCCACCACAUUUAGCAUUCUUAGAAAUUUUAACUGAAUUUACUAAUAAGUUGUUGAAACAAGAUAAGCGUGUUGUGUUAAAUUUCCUGGAUCGACGUUUACAAGCUGGUAUGCCAUCAAGUAAAGGUGAAGAUUGGCAACCAUUGCUACAAUAUAGAAAUUCAUUAGUUCAUGGUGAAACGGAAUCAGUUCCAGUUACUUCAAAGCGAGCAUAUGGUCGAAAGAAAAGAGAUAUGGGACCCGCCGACGAAGUAGACCACAAUGAGGAUGAAGAUAUGGGGUCUGACCAAGACUAAAUUAAGAUUAGUUACUCUAAGCUAAUAAUAUAAAAUAACAUAAUUAUAAGCAGAUGAUUCCAUCGGUUUUUACUGAAGCCAGAUGCAAGUACACAAAAUUUCUAUGCUGGGAUUUUAUGAUGAGUUUGAAAUUUUGAACCUAAAAAGUAAUUUCU